AUGACAUGGCUUUCUUUAAGUGGGGAAUAUGCUCAGAGGCGGGGAGUUAUUGGCUUGUGGAGAAGCUAUGUCUUAGAUUUCGACACUCCAUUACCAAAAAGGAACGAGAAAUUAGUGUGUCGAGGAGCUAAGAUGACUGUGCUAUGGCAAGAACUAUCGAGAUUGCUAGGCUGGGCUUCAUAA